AUGGCGCGGUUUGUCGCAUUAGAGGAGCACUAUGCUUCGCGAGCGAAUUUUGCAACCAACCCGGGUCAUGAUUUCUACCAAGUCUCAUACCGCGACGCGCUCGACAAGCUCACGUCGUUUGGCGCAGGGCGUCUGGAGGACAUGGACGCGAGCUCGACGAAAAUCCAGGUCGUCUCGUACACGCCGCUCCAUCUGUCGGGCGCCGAGGCGAGCAUUGCAAACGAGGAGCUUCGAAAGGGCGUCGAGUCCAAUCCGGCCAGGUUCGCUGCCUUUGCCGCGCUGUCACUCUCGGACAUCCCGGCCGCUACACGCGAGCUGGAACGAUGUGUGAAGCGAUUUGGGUUCGUGGGGACCUUGAUCCCCAAUCACCUCGACGGGGAAUUCUACGACGACGAACGGUUCUGGCCGUUGUUUGCCAAGGCCGAGGAGCUCGACGUCCCCGUCUACCUCCAUCCGACGUUCCCCUCGGAAAAGAUGAAGGAGAUCCAGUACCGGGGCAAUUUCUCCGAGCGAGCCUCCCACCAGCUGGGCAUGUUCGGACUCGGCUGGCAUUCACAAGUCGCCCUCCAUUUACUCCGACUGUUCGCCAGCGGGUUGUUCGACCGCUUCCCCAAGCUCCAGGUGAUCGUCGGACACAUGGGCGAGAUGCUGCCCUUUCAACUGGACCGCAUUCUUCGCUUCGCAGACACCUGGGGAAGUUAUAGACGGGGACUUAGGGAAGUCUGGGACAAUAACAUCUGGAUCACAACGGCGGGCAUGUUUUCUCUGGCGCCCAUGGCUUGCUUGCUGCGGACGACAAAGGUCGAGAGAAUCAUGUAUUCCCUUGAUUUCCCUUUCGCGCCUGCACAUCUUGGGCGUCAAUUCAUGGAAGAGCUCAGAGGAAGUGGCCUGGUGAACGAGGAAGAGCUCGCCCUGAUCGGCUACAAAAACGCGUGUCAACUCUUGGGUCUGAAAAUAGACUAA